ACUGUGCCAAUGCAAAAUUGCUGAAGCCGACUUUUUGUUUUUAGUUUAGAUAUUCUUAAGAAAUUUGAGUACGUUUAACUAUGGCAGCACCAUUAGAAGAUUGUUGUGGGUUGGGGUGCAAUAAUUGCAUUUUAGAUCGAUUCUUAGAUGUAAAACGACCUGGUGAUACUGCUGGCACCAUCAACUUAUUCAAUAAGAAGGAAUAUCAAAAGUUUAUAGUCAAGGAGAUUAAAAAAGUUCUUCCUCUGGUGUAUCAAUUUACUUUUGAACUGUUAUGCGAACGUGACGUGCCUUUCCGGAUUGAAGAACAAUUGUUUGCUCCUCCGGUUUCUUAUCUAAUGUUACGAGCGUUUAGGAAUUUCGAAGAUUCAAAUCCUGAGUUCAAUGAACUCUUCAUGGAUUUCAAGGAAUUCAUGCACCCACCGAAAUCUGAAGACACCACAAAAUAUUUCAGAAUGGAACCGCAACGAUUCGAUAAAGGAACACCUGAAAUUUACUUCAGUCGAAAAUAUACGCCGUAUGAAGUCAAUGAACAGUAUCGAACAUUUAAAAUUCUUGUAAAGCUUGAAACAUUUGGGAAAAUGUCAAGAUAUUUUACGACACUUAAGGUGGGCUCGAUAUGUGAAUUCAAGGGUCCUUUUGAAGCUUACAAGUACAAGAAAGAAGAAAGAGAAAACUAUUUGGUGUUCACACAAGAUUUCUUCAUUUGA